UGUGUCCCUCAGACACAGCGGAUCACCGAUGCACGGAAAGAGCCGAAGAUCUGUCACUCGGAGAGGACAUCUACACAGAUCAUCAGAGCACUGAUGAUCAGUGUAGCCCUGAUGAUCAGUGUAGCCCCAGCAGCGCCACCUGUCAGUGUCCAUCAGUGCCAGCUCUCAGUGCUAAUCCAUGCCACCUGCCAGUGCCCAUCAGUGCCACAUUUCAGUGCCCAUCAGUGCCACAUCAAUGUCACAUAUCAGUGCCCAUCUGAGCUGCCUUUCAGUGUCACCCAUCAGUGCCACCUAUCAGUGCUACCUAUCGGUGCCAGUCAGUGUCACCUAUCAGUGCCAGUCAGUGCCGCCUAUCAGUGCCCGUCAGUGCUGCCUAUCAGUGCCGCCUAACAAUGCCAGUCAGUGCCACCUAACAGUGCCA